GUACACCCCAAAUCUAUGUAGUGGUGUACUGGCGCAGUUUACUAUACCACCUGUAUCUUACACCUCGUGAAUUACACUACUGUGUUCACGAUGUCGUCUCGUAACAAAAAGCGCUACCUCCAUGAAGGUUGGCUUAAUAAGUGGACCAAUUUCAUAGGCAGUUGGCGACGUCGCUACUUCAUGCUAGAACAUGGCUGCCUAAAGUACUCACUAGAGAAGGACGGUUUGGUCAAGGAGUCGUUCAUCCUAUCACAGUGCACAAUGAGAUUGUGCUCAGACGAUCCCGUGCGACUCGAUAUUGACGUUUUGGGCAGGGGUGUAGUCUGCCUGCGCACCGACACACCUGCCGAGAAACAGAAGUGGUACGUCGCGUUCAAAAAGGCGCAGAAAAUUUUACUACAAGCAAAUCAAAAGAAAGUAUUGACCCCGUCAGGUGUAUACAGCGUUGAGGGCGUCCCGUCAGCGUAUGGUAAGGGCGACGCGGCGCCGGGCGAGAAGAGUACGCCCGGUGCCGUUCCUUUGCGUAUAUCAGUCCCGUGCAUCGAGGACACACUAGACAAUGCAGUAGAGAAAUCGGUUGAUGUCUCCGAGCUGUUCAUUAAAACGUCGUUUGGUCAGGAGCCGCAGACCCCGCUGAAUUGUAUAUUGACUAACAACAGCUGCUUUGACGAGAUCACGUCUAAGAUCAUCGCUGAGCUUCGCGGUUCACUUACAGGCGAAGCUUUGCAAAAGAUUGAAACCCUUAGCCUAAUCGCGAGUGAGUAUCAUUCCAGCCUCCAGCAAUUAUACCUUGAGGAGGUGCGCUCGCGCAAGGACCUGGAGCAGUCACUGUUUAGAGUGACCCGUCGUAACAUGAAAUUAGAGCAGCAGGAGCAAUCUAGGUCAGUAGCAGACGGCGAGAGGAAGGUAGUUGGAUUAUCUGCAUUGCAGAUGCACGUGAGUGAUAAGACUCAUACACUGAACGCCGAAGAUAGUGACAGUUCUGACACUGGAUACUGCGGCCACCUGGAUGACGAGUUUUUUGAGUGUGAAGACAUUGCUCAACGUUCUCACAGUAACUCCUUUGAUGCCGAGCCGCGCCCUGCUUUAGAGGAUAUAUCAGAUAUGGUGGUUAACAAGGAGCCUGACAAGGCUGCAACGUGUGAUGCUGGUGAAUAUGAAUCGGUUGAUACUUCUAGUGUCCAUUCAUCUGUGACCAUCCAGCGUCGUACGCGGUUGCCCAGGCCCCGUACCGAGCUGAAGGUCAGCAUUUGGUCAAUUUUGAAGGACCUCAUUGGCAAGGACCUGGCUCGCAUAAGCAUGCCCAUAUGUUUGAAUGAGCCUACCAGUGCCCUGCAGCGUGAGUCAGAGGUGUUUGAGUACAGCCAUCUACUGGAUACAGCAGCUAAGCAGGAGGAUCCCAUUGACCGCAUGGCAUAUGUGACACUUUUCAGCAUAACUCCAUAUGCCUCGGCUGUAGGCAGGACUUACAAGCCAUUUAACCCAUUGUUAGGUGAGACCUUUGAGAUCACCCACCGCGACUUCAAAUUUAUCGCUGAACAAGUUGGACACCACCCCCCUAUAUGUGCGUUCCACUGCCAUAACGACAACUUCGAGUCAUACGGUAGCACUAAUGCCAUGGUUAAAUUAACCGGCAAAUCGGUUGAAGUCAGUAUUAUAGGCCCUUUUACAGUUAACCUGUUUGUCAACGGCGCCAAGGAGCACUAUUCCUUGCAGCGCUGUUACGUGGUGAUACACAAUAUAAUCAUAGGGAAGAUUUGGAUAGAGACUGUUGGCACCGCUAUUCUAAGAAAUGUCACUAGUGGCGAAUUCGCAGUGGUGCAAUACCUGCGUAAAGGAUGGUUCGACAAGGAAAUACAUAAAGUACGCGCUCUAGUCCACGACCGCUAUGGAACACCACACUAUUACAUUUCAGGCAAGUGGAGCGAAGCGGUAUAUAUGGAGCGCGUGAGGCCAAAGGCACGUCGCGGCCAUACCAAGCUGUUGCUACCAGACGGCCGUCUAGAUUACGACCGCGCGUUCUACAAGAAUGAAGAGGAUGCGUGGGACGCAUUCGUCAAUGAAAUUGACUGGGAGAAGUUAGACAUAGUCAGCGGCACGCGUCGUGAAAUGUGGCGAGCAAACUCACGGCCAAUGUACUCCGAGCAUUACUAUGGGUUCGGAUGGAUAACGAUGGAGCUCAACGAGCUUUCCACUGAUUAUGACCCGAGACAAGGAGCCCAUAUGCCAUGCACAGACUCACGAUUUAGACCUGACUUGCGUGCUUACGAAGAUGGUGAUAUGGACCGCGCCGUGCGUGAAAAGCACCGUCUGGAAGAAGUACAGCGUGAAAACGCAAAGAAAAGUAUAGACGGUGAAGCGUCACAUAAGCCACGAUGGUUCCUCAAGCACCUGGAUCCGGAAACCAAUGCCCCUAGCUGGGAAUUCACCGGCGAGUACUGGCAGCGCAAGGCAGAUGGAACAAUCGCUGAAGGUGUACCCAACAUUUUUGCGUAAUAUAUAGCGUCU